AUGCCGCUGAGAUUCGGCCCCCAUAACGGGCAAGCAUCCCAUCAACAGCAACUCCAAGCCCAACAUCCCCAGCUGCAGCUGCAUCACGGCACCCAGUGGUAUCCGUCCGCUGCUGCUCCGCCCAUGCCGCCCACCUCAUCGUCCCUGUCCUGGGGUUCGGGUUUCCUCGCGCCCAUGUCCACUUACCGAAGCCAGAACUAUGCUCACAAACCAACUUUAGAAGGCGUCGGCCGCUCGGGAGGCUACCAACCCAAGGUUCGUGUCACGGAGCGAUAUCGCAUCGUCGGCUUCAUCAGCAGUGGCACCUACGGCCGCGUCUACAAGGCUGUGAACCGAACCAACAUUGUCACGAGCUCCAACGGCACACCCGUGGCCGCGGGACACGAGGUCGCCAUCAAAAAGUUCAAGCCUGACAAGGAAGGGGAGCAGGUCAGCUACACAGGCAUCUCCCAGAGCGCCAUUCGAGAAAUGAGCCUCUGCAGCGAGAUAAACCACGUCAACGUCAUCCGCCUGAUCGAAAUCAUUCUCGAGGACAAGUGCAUCUUCAUGGUCUUUGACUACGCCGAGCAUGACCUGCUCCAAAUCAUCCACCAUCAUACUCAGCAGCCACGCCAUCCGAUCCCACCCGCAACCGUCAAGAGCAUCAUGUUUCAGCUGCUCAACGGCUGCCACUACCUACACACAAACUGGGUGAUGCACCGCGACCUCAAGCCCGCCAACAUCAUGGUCAGCUCGUCCGGCGCCGUCAAGAUUGGCGACUUGGGCCUGGCGCGACGCUUCGAUAAGCCGCUGCAUUCACUAUUUAGCGGCGACAAGGUAGUCGUCACGAUCUGGUACCGCGCACCGGAGCUUAUUCUCGGCUCGUAUCACUACACGGCUGCCAUCGACAUGUGGGCCGUCGGCUGCAUCUUUGCCGAGCUGCUCUCCCUGCGGCCUAUUUUUAAGGGGGAGGAGGCCAAGAUGGAUAGCAAGAAGACGGUUCCCUUUCAACGCAACCAGAUGAUGAAGAUCAUGGAGAUCAUGGGGGCACCCACCAAGGAGCGCUGGCCGCUGCUCGCCACCAUGCCCGAGUACGGUCAGCUCAACGCGCUGCAGACCAGCAUGGCCGCGCAUCAUGGCCGCCACGCGCAUCACCACGGCCACCAUGGCGGUGCCGGCCCGCCGCCGCUCGCCUCCAACCUGGAGAAAUGGUACCAAAAUACCACUGUCAACGCACCCAGCAGCAACAACACUUCCUCCGGCGCCUCCACCUCGCUCAGUUCCCUCGGCCAGGACGGCUACCGCCUGCUUGCCGGCCUGCUCGAGUACGACCCCGACCGUCGCCUCUCUGCCGAAAAGGCCCUGCAGCUGCCCUUCUUCAGCAGCGGCGACAAGGUCACGGCGAACGCCUUUGAAGGCCUCAAGGUCGACUACCCGCACCGUCGCGUCAGCCAGGACGACAAUGACAUCCGCACAAGCAGCCUGCCGGGCACCAAGCGAAGCGGCCUUGGCGACGAUUCACUGCUGCGUCCGUCGAAACGAGUCAAGGAAUAG